AUGCUGUCGUCAGCAGUAAUGUUGCCUCCUUCUGGCGGCAAGAUUCAAACAGCGGCUGCAAACAGCGGUCGUCUUGCCAUUCAGGAGGCGUUGGCGAAGCGGGAACAGAAGAAGUUGAAGUCGCUGAAAAAAGUUUUGGCCAACAAACUCCUCAUCCAGCAGUCGCGGAAGCAGGUUUUGGAAGCUGGAUCUUCAACCCGAAUUCCAGCUUCCGUCGGAAGCGCAAUGUUGGCAAAAGCAAAUGGCGUGGAAGUACAGACUCAACCUGCUGCUGUGAUGUCCGAUCACGGUAAGCCGCAACACGUGGAAGAACAGCAGGCGCAAAUCUUCGGAGCAGCAGCUUUGCGCACUGGUAGGGACGAUCGUGACCGGCAAGUACAAGAAGUACAAGAGGGCGAAGAACUCAAACCUACGGAUGGUGGCGGACAAAGCGCAGCUGUGGAAACAGAUACUGCGCAGAAGGCCGUGCUGCACCGGAAAGGGGGAGCGGAGGAAUUCAAAAAUGGAAAGACCGCUAGUACACAGAACACGCACGCGUCGAUGACACGACCUGGUGGUGUUUGUCCGACCGGUGUCGUCCUGUCGCGCACUGCCGUCGACUUUCGUCAGGCCGUUUCUUCUGUGAUGGUUGCAGGCCUCGCCGGUGCCACGACUCGCAAAAGAAAGCUCGACGACGAGUGCAGCAGCUUGAAAUUGCUGCUCUCCCAAACCUAUCAAAUGCAAAAAUGUCUGGGUCUGGAAGGAUGCAAUUUGUGAUGCUAACUCUGGACGCUAAAAAAAUCUGUAUUGCAUGACCAGCAAGAAGAGUCUAGCUUGUGCUACGCGGGGAGGGCAUUUGUCAUGCGGAGGAGGCACCACGAAGCCCUCUAAAAAUCUGUGAUGCUAGACCGUGCACUACAGACGUCCUGGGUCAAGCAAAAUGUGCAUGACAAACCCGCUAACAUUCCAGACCCAGAAAUUUUUGCAUUUGAUAAAACCGAGGCCCGCACGCAACAGGCCACAUCCGAAAUCGGGCAGUUGUUACUUGCUUCGAAAGCCGAGCGGGCAGCGGGGUUCUUCACCAAAACUGGACUCUUACGGAAAAUUAUGGUAUCCGGUGGUCAGAAUCAGAACAACAAAAACUCGGGUGGUGAAAGCCUCAGCCCCAAACUCCCGUGUGGGACGAUGAAUAGAAAUUAUUCCGCGGACACAGACACUACGAGGUCUGGUUCUACUCUUGAAAGCGACGGCGCGACAACGCCAGGGACGGCUGGUGCCGCAUCGAGCGGGUCGGAGACAUCACCCAGCGCAGGAGGCGGGGGGACAAAAUCUCCUGCAACUACUUCCGCCUCUGGACGAGGAGCUCCUGCGGCUGAUGUUGACACAGGCUCAACUACCGAAGGUAGGAAGACCGCAGCGAAGAUUUCAGCAUCCUCCGGAAGAACACGCGUGGGAUCCACCACCACCACCACCCGGACGACGUUCGCACAGACCUGGUCUUCCUCCUCAGGCCCGUCUUUUCAACAUCGACAUGAGGGUAAGCCAGAGUCGAAUUAUCCUGCUGUCGAGGAUCCUGUUGUGGUAAAAGCUGCUCCUUCUCCCUCAAACCUUGCUUCUAAGCUCCGUCGAGCGGUGUUUGAGUACCCGAAACGCCGGCGCGUGUCUUUUUUCCACCAGUACCGGGAUGCGCAAGAGGGCCUGCGGCAGCUGAUUUUGCUUGCGACGAAGAAUGGCUGCACGAUGAAAAAAAUUAUUGGUCCAGAGCAGUCAUUGUUGAGCACCUUCAAAGAUGUUGAGGUAGGAGACGAGGCAGAGGAUAUUGUACAGAGGGAAAAGCUUGUCGAGGCUCAAAUGAUGCGGGAAAAGUGGGGCAGUUGUACUACAGCAGCUUCUGCGGGCUACGCUGGGAACGACUUCCCAAAUGAAAAUGAUCGGAACCAGAGGCCGAUGAACGAUCGCUCGGCCAAAACUACAAGCUCUUCGUCCCAGCAGCCCAAGAAAUUCUUCGUGCUCCACACGAUCGAAUGCAACCCCGCAUGGAACCCAGACAGCAAGCGGCUGUGCAAACAGCGAGACGUAUCCCAGUGGAACAAUGAUUCAACGCUCUACAACUCUUGUUCAGCAAGAACUGAUAAAUCAAUGAUAUACCGUGCUGGCACCAUGAUGAGAGUGCUACUUCUACUACACAGACGCAUGACAAAUCACGAUGCAGCUUCUCUAAAGUCGCCGAACGGAAGAUGAGAGGCUUAGACUGUCAACUGCGUCAUACAUCAUGGGACAUCUUUUAUUUUGUUUUUCAUGUGAUGAUCUUGUGUUGCAGUUGCAGCAGCGUUGCUAUCUUUCCACUGAAUACAAAGCUGAAAGGCCUACUCUCCAAAUAUUGAAGAAAGCUUUGGAGGCGACGGGGGCCUGGGAAGGAAGAAUCGUCAGCUCGAAGAAGGACGCACUUCUGCUGGACAAAGCGAAUAAUUCAUCGUCCUCCUCUGUUGAUUACAGCAACUAUUUUCAGACCUCGCAACACCAAGAUCGUGAUGGAAAUGAAAAUCAUUCUUUCGCCUGUUCCCCUCCCCCGCCUGGAGUGAUUCACUUCCGCUGCGCCCUGCGACGGACGGACAUCCCGACACUGCCGAUUGAUUUGCCGUUUUACGCUGGCGGUGGAACGUCAUCAACAACUACGGGGAGUAGGAGAACAGCGGGAGCGAGUAUUACAACUACAGGGGCAGGAGCAAAAGUUAUCGGAAGUAAUAGUAACAGAGGGCUAGGGUAUAGAACAAUGUUACAACAUGAAUACGACGAUAACGGAAGCUGCAGGAACAAUGCAGACGGAACUGAUUUGGGCGACACUCUGCCGUUUUUUCAAGUUUUAAACUACAUGCCCUUCACCUGUUCGCAGCUCACGACGAAAUCCGGCUUGACCAGAAAUCUGAUGCAGUUCUUGCAAGACCAGGCUAAGCUACAAGUCCACGGAAAGAUGAAACUGGCCACUUCUACCGGCGCUGCAGCUGCAGGUGCAUCUACAACUCCAACUUCAUCCAGUGGUCUCAGUACAACAACACUCAGGCUCCGCCACGACCCCUUCUCACUGCCGCCAGCCGGGCUGUUUUUUGACAAAAACAGCGCUUGUGUCGAAGGGGACGAAAGUGGCACGGCGGUGGAACAAGCGGAGCACAGGUUCUUCGACCGGCAUGAUGAUAGACCAGCAGGAGGAGCAGGAACAAAGCAGCAGCAUCAAGGUGAUGUUCAGAAACUAACGAGACCGCAGGACGAAAAUGUAGCAAAACAUUGUCCACCUGCUCCGGGCGAGGACCAACAGCAAAAAUGCGGAGAUGAUGUUGAAGACCCUGAGCACGACCACUCCUUGAUUGGUUUUCCCACCAGCUUCGACCUGUCGCACAACGACGCGCGGGACCGGUUUAUGCGCGCGUUCCAGCGGCAACAAGUGCGAGCCGUGGUGUAUCAGGUGGUUGAGUGGUUGGAAGGCUGUGUGUUGACGGAAGUGGUGGGGGUGGAGGAGGAGGAAGAUGACACCACGACAGCUGGUAUUACAACUUUGGGAGAACGUUCUACAGGUGGGCGAGGAGCAUCUACUGCUGCAAAAACUUCUUCCUCUUGGGACGGAACUUCUUCUGACCACAACAGGCUGCCAGCAUCAGCAAGUAAAACUGAAGGCGUACUGCAGUGGCUCGGCAGGGGCCCUUACACAAUGCAAGAGGUGGAAGCGGUUGUGAGUCAAGAUGCGGCUGCAGCUUUUCUUGCUGCAUCUUCCUCAUCUGCAGAUGUUGAUGCUGCUCGUCCUGGAGAACAACCUGUGAUCAUGCGGUCAACAACAACAUCAUUCAACCCGGCCGUCAUUUCCAGUCGAUCAACGAGUAAUGGCAGUACAACCGCGACAAGCGUGCCAACGACCAGAAUAACUCCUUCUACCUCUACCGGUAGAAAUACGAAUAUUCAGCAGAUGAUGUCUUCGACCUGUCCCAACAUCAAACUGUCAAACAAGAUGACCACUAGUUCUAGCGAUUCGGUUUUGAAAGCUACGGCGCUGUUCUCCACCUCCUCCUCUUCGUUCUCGUCGAUAAAGAACAAAGAGAAGCCACUGUUUAAUAUUGUAGCCACCUACUCCCACCUCCCCAGACUCACGUAUCCGAAGCUGAAGCUCGCCCUUCGGCUCUUUUUCAAGCUUUUCGACAGUCUAAAACUCGACCAGGACAUCGUUGAGCAGAAGAAGAUGAGCCGGCGGUGGGCGAACUUGAACAGCGAUCUGGUGAACGCCCGCGACUGGCAGAUUCUCACCGAGGAUGUGCUCGCCCCGGCACGACCGAAUGUCACAUUUUCCCAGCUCGUGAAGGAGGUGAGGACCUACUUGAUCGAGCCCUUUUGCCAGUUUUAUGAGGAACUACCGGAGGUUUUGCGGAAGUUGAAACAUACCUUUUUCACGGGCCUUGACGGAUCCGACAAUUUUUGGAUUUUGAAGCCCGCCAACGCCGGCCGGGGCGAGGGGAUUUUAUCCUGUGCAAAAGAAUCGUACUCGUACGAAUUGCAAAUAUGCAUGACAAAUGUUUUCCUCAAGGUAAAACAGCAUUACAAAUUGCAUUUGUCUUGCUGAGCUCGUUUGUCAUGCAAUUUAUACUAGUACGAUACUUUUGCAGUUCAUAGAUUUGCGUGAAGAACAAUCUGCAAGAGAUUUUAAAACUCACCGGAAACGGCUUCAACUGGAUUGUGCAGAAAUACAUUGAGCAACCCAUGAUUCUGAAUAAGCGGAAAUUCGACAUGCGCCAGUGGGUCGUGUUGACAAAGUUGGGAGGUCACUGGAGAAGUGGUUGUGCUGGAAGUUCUUCUUCUUCUUCUUCUUCUUCUUCUUCUUCUUCUUCUUCUUCUUCUUCCACAAUUUCGGCGAAUGAUACCACGGCGCACGAAAAAACUGCGGGAAAACAAAAGGUUGAGGACCACGACGAAAAAAAUUGCUCCUCGUCACUGGGACUUGUUGGCGACAAGACUCAGAACAGCGGAAGCUCUGCUGGCCGCGUGGUCGGUGGAAAUGAGAAGAUGGCAUCAAGUAGAUCAAGAACAGAAGUGGACAAGAACGAUGAUUCUUCCGCGGGCGUCUCUCCUGCUGCUACCGCCUGGUUUUACAACCAAUGCUACCUGCGGUUAGCCGGGAAGGAGUACAACGUGGUACGAGAAGGAGCAUUAUCAAAUGUAAAAAUGUCUGGGUCUGGAAGAAUGCCACUUGUCAUGCUAAAUCUGAAGCAUGCAAAAAUCUGUGUUGCAUGAUUACCAAAAGUCGUCCAGUUUUGACCAAGUCGGGAGGGAGUUUCUCAUGCAGGGUAGGCAUGAUAGAACUCUCACGCAAUCUGUCAUGCUAUGUCCUACAUACUAGACCUCAUGGGUCAUACAAAACCUGCAUGACAAGUCUGGCAUUUUUCCAGGCCCAGACAUUUUUACAUGUGAUAAGCAUUUUUUACGGGAGUGAUCUCGCCGGUCGUGGAACAUCAAGUGCAAAACAAUGAUGAGGGGCUGCAGCAGCAAUCAGCACAACAACCGGAGCAGGAACAUCAGAGGACGACUAGCAAUCAAUCUACAAGUUCUUGUACACCGGGACCAGUUGUGGCUAAUACAUCGCCCACACCUGCUGUGACUGCGCCAGUAGGUGGAGCAGCGCCAGUUCUUUCUCAUAAAUUAUCCCGAAGGAAAUCUAGUACUUCCAGCAUAAUUACCAGCCGGACCACAACUCAAAAUCGCAAACAGCAAGACAAUAUGAACUGCAAAAGCAUCGUACUCGUAUAAAUGCAUGGCAAAUUUCCUCAGCAUGAGAGAGAAAAUUUGUAAUGCGGAUUUCCCUUGAGAUAAAGAUUUGUAAUGCAAGACUUGCAUCUAUACGAGUACGAUACUUUUGCACAGGAUAGACAACUUUGUGCACCUGACCAAUAAUUGCGUGGUGAGGAACACAUAUGACAAUGCACAACUCCCCAUCCCCCUCAUUUGUAUUGCAUGAACAACAAUACAACCGUCAGCAAGAGUACAGGUUUUGCAUGACAAAUUUUGACAGGAAGGCAGUCCUAUUUGGGCUUCGAGAACUUGUCAUGCAAACAGUGCCAAGAGCCAAGGCGUAAAUUAGGUAUUUUGCAUGAAAAAUGAGGGGGAGGGGGAGUGGUGCACUCGCAUAACACACCAGGGAUGCGGGCAGAAGAAUACGACGAGACAAUGUGGACUUCCCGCAAAUUCGACGACUUUUUAAAUAACAGGGGAACAGCGGCUAUUAAAAAUGAUGCAGCAGCAGCUACUGCUGCUUUCAGUGCGUUGCCGUCGGCGUCAACAUCAGGGGAACAACAUAUGCUGACAACUACAGCACCAUCUUUCGGAGGUCCGACGUUCUCAAAAAAUUCGAUAUCGUUUUCCUCCAUCCAAAAGCAGAUGCAGGCGCUUGUGCAACUGACCCUGCGGGCCACUGGGCCGAAAAUCCCGGACCGGCUGAAUUCGUACGAGGUGUUCGGGUACGACUUCAUGGUAGACCGGUUCGGGAAGGUUUGGCUGUUGGAGUGCAACAGCAGUCCAGAUUUGAGUUUUUCCACGAAGAUUACCAGCGAGUUGGUCGGAGAUUUUAUGAAGGACCUGGUCGGGUUAUUGUUUACGACGGAUAAUACGGGAGAGGAUCGCUCCACGAAAAUAUUAAACAGUGUCGGCGAGGACAAGAAAAACUCCGCGGGGGCACGGGCGGGUUCAUUUUCUGCCACUACUCCUGGAACUGAAGAGUGGCUAGAGAACUACUACAGCUGUGCUUCUAGCAAGAGCUCCUCGUGGUCCUCGGCUGGCGGAGAUGCACGGGCUGGGAUGGCAUCUUCGUCUCUCUCGUCGAUAGGUUCGACGCACCGGGGCUUCACAAAACUUUUGUGCUGAAAAUGACUUACUUAACAUGAUCCACUUCUACAUGAUCUUCAUCAGUGGCUGUUUUAUGCAGGAGGAUAGCUACGUAGUACAUGUCGAGUUCGUAUAGAAACAGCUCGUAUUGUUCAUGCAGUACGGUAAUAACACAAGUACAGUAUCAGUAAUAAACACAAAUACAGAAAGAACACUAGAGCAUCUUCAACUACAUCGCAUAGCUCUCAGAAGCUCGGAAAAACUAUACGUAAGAGAUACCAGGAUCAUUUUUCCACCAGGGUAGCAUCACAUUUGGCACCACCACAUACUAGUACCGCAAAGUGGUCAUACAUGAGAGCACCAGAAGAUGGCACGUACAUGAGGACGUUGGACGUCCUCGAACGCCGCGUCUUUCAGUAGAGUUUGAUUCUCUACUCAGCGUAUCAGUUUCUCCUGCAACGGGCAGUACCGAACACACAUACAGUGCCUUCAAUGGAAAAGCCAAAGCGCUAGCGUAUAGUGCAACUAUUCAAUGCAAAAGGAGCACAGCAAGGAUCGCAAAAAACCACACAAAACGACAGCACUUCUUCCGCAGCGUCUUUCCAAUCCCAACAUCUUCCUAUUCAGGCGAUAAUGAGAAUCCAGGGACGUAAACGAAUAGGGGUCGAACAGGGACAAUCUAAGGCUUAGAGUCGAACAGAUUUCAAUCAUCACGUAAGCUUUCUGUAAUUUCCAAGAAAAAGAGAAGUUCGUCUUCAUCAGACAGUUUCCAGCGAAAAAAAUAAGAACGUUUUUUUGACGGUUAGGGUCUUUUUAGGCCUGAAAAGUUGUAUGAUACAUAGUCAAUAAAGUAAAGUUUCAUCUUCCUGAGGAAGAGAAUGAAGCGGUUCAAGAAGAAAUUGCGAGUAGCAGCGUCACACCUACUACUGCUUCAGUCCUGCUGAACGACCGCC